AUGGUACGGUUUCAGAAAAGGAGUCAUCGACCUCAUCAUCAACCGAAGAUCGACUUGGCAAGUCUGAGAAACGAAGAAUGCAGAAAGAAGUUCCGCCAACGAGUGUCGAUCAACAUUGGAUUACGGACCACGAAGAGAGUGGACGACGGUGACUCUUACACUAAAUGCAUUAAGGACGCUUCUAAGAAAACGUUCACGGUUUCAGCACCGGGGAUAGAGUUUGCAUCUGCGGAGACAAUAUCCGCGUACAAUUCUGUAUGUGUUGCCCGCACUAGUGGUAACCUCAGCUAG